AUAGUAGUAUUAUGUGGGAAAAGAACAGAAUUCACUGCACGCUCCACUAGAAGUUCUGUAGGCGGCCGCUACCAUUUGCCACUCUCUGCUCUUCUUCACUCUUUGAGAGAAAAAUCCCAAAAGGCAAAAGAAAAAAGAACCAAUUUUUGAUCGCCCAUUUUCAUGAUUCGGGUCUUUUUCAACAAAAAAUAGGGCUCUUUUCCCAUUUCAAGAAAAUUCUAGGGCUUCUUCCACCCAUUUUUCUUCACCAGAAUCAUUGGUUUUUGUAAAAGAAAAUGGAGAAGUUGAACAACAUUUUCAAGAAGAAGACUUCACCCAAAGAAGCAUUGAGGACGAGCAAAAGGGAAAUGGCUGUUGCUACCAGAGGCAUUGAAAGGGAGAUUUCAUCUUUACAAAUGGAGGAGAAGAAGUUAGUGGCAGAGAUCAAGAAAACAGCCAAAACAGGGAACGAGGCUGCCACUAAAAUUCUAGCUCGUCAGCUUGUGCGACUGCGGCAACAAAUUGUAAAUCUGCAAGGUAGUCGUGCUCAGAUUAGGGGCGUAGCAACUCAUACACAGGCACUGUAUGCUAGCACCUCUAUGUCUACUGGAAUGAAAGGUGCUACUAAAGCAAUGACUGCCAUGAACAAGCAAAUGGCACCUGCAAAACAAGUUAAAGUGAUCAGAGAAUUCCAGAAGCAGUCGUCACAGUUGGACAUGACAAUUGAGAUGAUGUCAGAGUCCAUUGAUGAAACUUUGGAUAAAGAUGAAGCUGAAGAAGAAACUGAGGAGCUUACAAACCAGGUGCUGGACGAGAUUGGCGUGGACAUUGCAUCGCAGCUAUCUUCAGCUCCAAAAGGUCGAAUUGCAUCGAAGAAAGUUGAAAAUGUUGCCCCCCCUAGUUCUGACUCUGCGGAUGUUGAGGAACUUGAGAAGAGGUUGGCCUCUCUUCGAAGAAUUUGAGGAAGAACGUGCAUAUGUUUUUGGUUUCUUCUUUCUUGUAUAAAUUCUCUUUAGCAUAAACAUAUAGUAUGUACUAAAUUGUAUUUCUCUGACUAUUGUUCUCUAGCACUAAACAUCAACAUUAUGAAUUAAUAUCUAGAGGUAUAAAUGCAGAAUGAUAAUGGAUAUGUUUUUGGUUUCAUAAA